AUAGGACUUUAGCUCCUGUAGCUCAGCUAUAUACAACAGGGAAAAUGGAUCAUGAAACAAGUUCAGAGAAAGACAGGGUCAACCUGAAUCGUUUAUCCAUGGUCUCAGAGGAUUCAGUAGAUCACGAUGCAGCCUUGACUAUUGUCGCAGUUCUGGACAAAGUAGCCACGAUUGUAGACACUGUGCAGGCAAGUCAAAAAAGGAUUGAGGAGCGACACAGAGAAAUGGAGGAUGCGAUCAAGACAAUUCAAAUUGAACUCUUGAAGCUUGCACAAGCUCACAGCAAUACAAGUUACACAGUUAACAAAUUGCUUGAAAAGACCCGCAAAGUCAGCUCCAAUGUAAAAGAUGUAAAGUCUCGAGUUGACAAGCAGAGUGAUCAGGUCCAAAAGGUGGAGUCCAAACAAGAGGAGAUGCUGAGAAAAAAUAAAUUCAGAGUUGUUAUUUUUCAGGAGGAUAUUGAAUGUCCAACAAAACUGACAGUUGCUAAGCAAUCAGCAUUAGAUGGGAACCUAAGGGAUGACUUAUACCCACCAGAUGACCUGUCUUCUGAUGAGGAAUAUAGUGUGCAAGAAAGUCGGACUUCACGCCUAAAAAAAUCUGGAAUGAAGCGUAUUAAUAACAUAAAGAAGGCAUUUUCAAAAGAAAGCAUGCAGAAAACGAAGCAAAACUUUGGAAACAAAGUCAACAGGUUACGCACAAGGAUUGUAACUCCAGAGAGAAGAGAAAGAUUAAGGCAGUCUGGUGAGAGGCUGAAAACGUCUGGAGAAAGGUUCAAACAAUCAAUAGCAAAGGCAGCACCCAAAAAAGAGGCCUUUAAAAUUAACAUUAAAAAGAAGGGAAAACAGAGGACCACCGCAGAAGGACAGGAAGGUGGUAAAGAAGAUGAAACAGACUCUGAGGAGCCUACUGCUAAACCUAUCUCUGAAGAGGUCACAUACACAGAAGUGGUGACUGUAAAAAAGAAGAAGAAGAAGAAUGAGGAAAAUGCUGAACUUCUGCUGUCCCAAGAGGAUGAGAAACCUAGCCCCGUUCCAGAAAAAACAGAGAAGCCUUUGUUGAAAGUGGAAAAGAAAGCAGAGUCAGAUGAGAUACCACUGGUAGACAUAAAUCUGUCCCAGUAAGGAAUUCAUUACAAUUAUUGCUUCAUUUUGAGACCAGACCAUACUGACUCCCAUGUUCAGACUCAAUAUAUUACAAACCACCUUAUAAAAGGAAACCAAUACUUGGCCCAGGUCAGAAAUUCUUGGAAAGACUGAAGAGAUAGUAUUUAUAACUAAUAUGUACCUUAAAUCUGUCAUAGCAAGUGACAAAGAACAUGUUGUACUGAUGAAAGCAAAGUUAUUAAUGUGAGUAAUUAAAAAUGACUGAACUUUUAGAGUGUUUGAAGCCAAUAUAAAUAAGUUUGUUUAUGUUGUGCAUUAUAUUAAGGAAGUUUUAAUGGUUCAAGUUAGACUGCAAUAAAGAAUGAGUCUCACUUUGUCGAGAGGCAAUAUCUGGAUAAGUCCGUAUAAGUAGCAUGCUGAUUUCAUGGACUGUGAAAGUUCUAUAUACUAAUAUGUUUUUCAUUGUAUUAUAAUACUAUAUAUAGAUGUGCUGUGUUUACAUUAUGGCUCCUAAGAAAAUACACUAUAUAUAAGUGGGAGAAAUGGAAACAAAUAAGUAGUCGAUGACUACUUUUAAAAUGUGGCUUUGUCUGUUGUAUCAAAUAGUUUGGGAAACUGGAUAUAAAGUCUGAAAGUCUCUAGAUUUUAUUCAUUUAGCGCAUUAAUCCCAUGAAAAAGUUUUUGUUCUUGAAAAUGUUUCUGUCCUUGAAAAAUAUAAAAUAAAAAAGGAGAGCUUUGAAAAUGA